GAUCGGUACUAUCCAGAAUCCUACAAUUACCUUAACAAUCCAGGUAGUGAAGAUGAAGUGCCCCUAAUACCGUGGUCUGAUUCGGAACACUCACUUCCCGAUACAACACCCAAAUCGGUUAUCAUGCAUCCUGCACCGAUAGUGGGCUCAGCACCUAAUUCUGACACACCUUGUAACGUCAAUGAACCGGUAUCAGCUGAUCCGGUUAUCAGCACCAAAACCGAUACAUCACAAACGUUACCGUCUGAUAUAUUAGAGGCCCUAGGAGACCCUAAAGGAAAAGAGGAAAUAUAUGGGCCAAAAAUACCUGACGAGAUCUCUAAACGUUGGGGCCGGGUACUCGUUGAUGGUCUAGAGAAAGAUGUAAAGCAAAAACUGCCUGAAAAACACCUCAUACCAGAUAACUUUCGUUUGGCUAAAGCCCCUAUUUUAAAUCCAGAGAUUAUAUCGGUGCUUAACGAAUCAGUCAGAUACCGUGACAAGUUAUUAGAAAAAGAGCAAAACCAACUGGGCCUCGGCAUUUCGGAGCUCACAAAUCUAGCUUCUGCGGUAAUCACAGAAAACUUAGAUAAAGUCGAAAUAUUAAAGAAACUUUCGGAAGCUAGCCAAAUUUUCCUAGACCUUCAUCACGAUCAGACCACUAGGAGAAGAAAACUCAUAACCACAACUCUUGACAAAAAGUUUGUCACCAUAAUAUCGGACGUAAAAAGGGAUACCUACCUGUUUGGCGCAAACCUAGGGGAAAAAAUAAAAGCCACAAAAACAGCGGAAACAUCGGGACUACAAGUGAAGCGUAAAGAUGUCAACGCUAUCGCAUCUACGUCUAGGAAAUAUCCCAACCAGGGAAACUGGAGGGGCCCACCCCGAACAUACUACCAACAUCAUCAUUUACAACGAGCACCGAGACAGGGUGGGCCGAGACCGCGCUACCCCCACCAACAGCGGUACCGUCCGCCAGUUCCCGAUCGUCAAGCCCCAUCGACGCGCAAGCCACCCAACAAGACCCCAAAAGCCUAACAGAGGUAAAUAUACCCCAUGCGGGUAGACUAAAAUAUUUCUAUAAAGAAUGGUGUAACAUUACCGACGACCAGGUAGUCUUAAGCUAUGUAAAAGGACUAGUCAUACCGUUUAAUAGCCCAGUCAUGCAAAAUGUGUUUCCGGAAAAUAACAUUUUUAAUUUAAUCGAAAUUGAGAACAUAAAUUGCGAGAUUAAAAAAUUAAAGGCCUUAGGCGCGUUGAUCGAGUGUAAAGAUAUGCCUGGACAGUUUCUAUCUAGUAUUUUUCUUACUCCAAAACCGGACGGCUCUAAUCGUUUCAUACUUAAUCUUAAAAACCUAAAUAAAC